ACGCGUCCACUGUUUAUGAUGAGGGGAGAAAUGGCGUCCACAGAGCCCGUCGGUGGUGUGAGGUCCUAAACACAGCCACACGGCUCUCUCCGUGGCCGCACAGUUACCAGCGGACAGGGCGAGCGGCCCACUUUAGUUACGACUUUCUUGGACCAUUUGUCUUCCAUGUAACGUGUAGGAUGAUGAGGCUGAGAGUACGGAAGGCUUCUCAGCAGCCCAAACCCAGCCCCGGCCGUCCAGCCUCAGAACCCCGCCCAGCUCAGGCCAAGAGAAAACACUGCGAGGUGACACCCCGUCCAGGAGAGGCCUCAGGAUGCAGAAGAAUGAGGCUGGCCUGUUCUCUACCAUCAAGAAGUUCAUCAGGGGAAAUGCUGUCAAGGUAGAGCAAGACAUCCCAGCUAAGAGGAGUCGUAUUGAUUGUAAAGUGGACAACAGCAACCUGAUCACAUCUUCUCCUCACCCACCAACCAAAGCCAUCGCCAGGGGCUGCACAAGAGGUGCUAACAAACCUGAACCAAUGACGUUGAACAGUAAGCCCCUGAAGCCCAACGGUAAACUGGAGGUGCCCGUAGAGGAGGCGAGCAGUCCACCUCGCACCACUCUCCUGGGGACCAUCUUCUCUCCCGUCUUCAACUUCUUCUCUCCUGCUACCAAGACGGAGAGGAGAGGACGCCACGGAUGGAGGACAAAAAAAACCCAUUGGAGACUCACACAUGGCAAAAAUUUGAGAUUCGCUCAAAUUUCUCUCCUGUGUUCCCUUCUGUGUCCAGCCACUCCUGAGUCUGGCUCCCCCGAGCAGGGGGGGUCGGAGGCUGAGGAGAUGACGAAGCAGCCGGAGACGGUGGUGGAGGAGAUGCCCACCAGUACCCCUGCAUCUACAGGGGGCGUCGUCCUGUCCUCUGUUGCCCCAGCUCCAUUAGUACCGCCACCACCACAGGCUCCUCUGGCUAUCCCAGAACCACCUGUCGAAGGAGGGCGGAUGGCUACAGAUAUGCCCCCUCUAACAGUCAGCUGUUACCCCCACGUCUCUCCCACGGCCCCUGCAGAGGGCACCUACGAGGAAGACUGGGAAGUCUUUGAUCCGUACUUCUUCAUCAAGCACGUGCCUCCGUUGACAGAGGAGCAGAUAGCCAGGAAACCAGCACUGCCCCUUAAAACACGCAGCACACCAGAGUUCUCCCUAGUUCUUGAUCUGGACGAGACGUUGGUGCACUGUAGUCUGAAUGAGUUGGACGACGCAGGCCUGACCUUCCCUGUCCUGUUCCAAGACGUCAUCUAUCAGGUGUACGUGCGGUUGAGGCCGUUUUUCAGAGAGUUCCUGGAGCGCAUGUCUCAAAUUUACGAGAUCAUUCUGUUCACCGCCUCUAAGAAGGUGUAUGCAGACAAGCUGCUCAACAUCCUGGACCCCAAGAAACAGUUGGUCAGACAUCGGUUGUUCCGUGAGCACUGUGUAUGUGUUCAAGGAAACUACAUCAAGGACUUAAACAUACUGGGAAGAGAUCUUUCUAAGACUGUAAUAAUAGACAAUUCACCUCAAGCCUUCGCCUAUCAGCUUUCCAAUGGGAUUCCCAUCGAGAGCUGGUUCAUGGACAGGAAUGAUACCGAGCUCCUCAAGCUGAUUCCUUUCUUAGAGAAGCUGGUGGAGAUGAAUGAAGACGUAAGGCCUUACGUCAGACAGCAGUUUCGUCUUCAUGACCUACUUCCUCCCGACUGAUCCGUGAUUGGCUGACCCAGCAGGCUAACCCAUAGAAGUAGAAUGUGUACAUUAUUCAUUCUGAUUCUACGGGCUAAACCUCCCAGCACACGGAGAGGGAUGCCUUUCGUUCAACGCGGUUGGAGAUGACGAGAAUCAACUUCAACUGACACCGAGGAUGUCGUCCAAGUGGAGAUCUACAGCAUUGCCGUUAACAACGAGAAUUUGUUCAACAAAAUAACAGUUUACAGAGGGAAAUUUGUAUUUAAACAACUACAAAACAAAUAUUUUGAAGCUAUGUAUAUGUUUUGUAUACUCAACUAAACUGUACACCCCCCCCCAAAGAGUAUAGCAGUCCCCUUGUAUUACAAAAAGGCAUCUGUCUGGACAGACCUGAAGUCUAUGCUCAAAAGCAGGGUUGUGUUCAUUAGGGUGCGUAUGUUACAAAACAUUUAGCAACGGUGAACGAAAAUUGUGCUCUCAUUGGACAAUCCUCCAUUUCAGGAACGUUUUCUUGGGUUUUGGUGCCUAAUGAACACGAUCCUGGCGACCUUUCUGUGAGAGAUGUUUUCUCAUCUGCAGCUUUGGACUGAUGGAACUGAAUGUCGGGAUUUGAUUGUGUGAGGACCUGACUGCUCAAGACUCAUUUUAACAGGAACGUGCAGUCAAACCUGUAUAAUAUACAAACGUAAUUACAUGUAUAUAUGACAUGUAUAUAUCUUUUUUUUCAUGGUUUUUAAACGUUUUUUUUUGUGCUUCUGAUUUUCUUUUAGCUGACUGUUUGUUUUACUAUUUUAGUAAAAAAAAAAAGUUUUUACCUUUUCAAAAAAAAUAUUUUUUUGUUGUUUGUUUUGAAGUUGAUGCUACACAGCUGCUGUUGUCUUCCUGCAAUUUAUGCAUCCCAAAUGGCACCUUAUUCCCUACUGUAUAUAGUGCCCUUCUUUUGAGCAGAGCCCUAUGGGUACUGGUCAAAAGUAGUGCACUAUAAAGGGAAUAGGGUGCAUUCUUUAUUUUCUAGUCUGCUUUUUAGUCCCAUUAACUACUGUUAUGUGGUCUCUGUAACAGGUUUUUAAAAAUAUCUUUGGGAGGAAAUGUUUAUGAAAUCAUGAUGGGUUUUUUAAGGUUAUGUAAAUGUAUUAUAGUGUUUUAACUUGAAGACCCUUCAACAAGCUGGCCUGGAUAUUAAUUUAGAUCAUGUAUAUUUGAGAUUUCACCCCUGAAAGAUGUUGAAACGACCCUUAGCUGCUCUGUGUCUGGGUGGUGAUGGGAAGGAAGGAAGGCUUCAGAGCUUUCCUGCACUUUUUGUGUAAAAAAAAAAAAACUUUAGCAUCCAGCCCUUUGUAAAAAAUCUUGUCAAUUUUGUACACACGUUAUCACCUCCUAAAUUGUGAAUGCCCGUACAAUUUUGAAAUUGUAGCACCAGCAAAAUGGCCAACAUUUUGUUUUAUCUUUUAAAUCUUGUUUUCAAUGCUGUUCAUAGUCUUGUCUGUGAAAUAUAUUUUAUGUAGGAGUCACACAUUUUUAAAUAAAUAAAUAAGAAAAGACUC